AUGGCGUUUAACUGCAAAUACAAACUUCUUACCAUAAUAUUGACUGUUAUCUCCGGAACAUCACCGUCGACGAUGUACGAUGCCUACAGCGGGAAUGUGUUAACACCUGAGCAGUACAAAGGACACAUAAAAAGAAACACCACUUUCUGGUGCACAAAUGAAAUCGAACCUUGCAACCCUCACGAAGGAAGACGUGUGGACGGCUCGUGCAACAACCUGCAGCACCCCAGUGUAGGAGCCUCCCACACUCCGGGGUACCACGUGCUGCCGGUUGUGUUCGAUGGCUACAAUGACUCAAGGAAAUCUUGUCGAGGAAAGGAAUUGCCGUUAAGCAGAAAAGUUCGCACAACCCUAUUACUGGAAGGCCGAUUGCCUGAUCAGCAAAUAACCCAUCUUCUUACGUACUUUUCGGUUUUCAUGUCGGCAGAUGUUCUCUCUUUUCACGAUACAAUCAACUAUAUGAUAUGGAAUACACACUGUUGCGAUGAAGGCGGAAGGGAUGACCCCGAGUGUAUAAGUAUAAAGAUACCGGACGAUGACCCCGUGCAUCGGUUCUCCAGCGAGAGAUGUUUGAACUUGACAAAGCCUUUUACUUUUCAAUCAAAUGGAUGUGCCAGCACGAAAUAUUCUCCGGAAAGGAUUGUAACAUCGACCCCUGCAUUUGAUUUGUCUCACAUUUACGGAAAUAAGCUGGACAACUCGUUGACGAAAAGAACUUUUAAAAAUGGCUUACUGAAGUAUGAGAUAGCUGACGGACGGAUAUGGCCUCCUUCGUUAGAACACUACCAAGGCAUAUGUAUAGCGAACGAGCCGCCCCAUGAAACAAGAUGCCACGAUGUGGGAGAUGAUUCCAAUAACGGCAUCCUAGGCACAAACCUGUUCACUGUAUGGAUGUGGCGCCAUCACAACCACAUCGCCACUGAGCUGGCGACGAUCAACCCGUGCUGGGGCGACGAGCAGCUAUUCUAUACCGCCAGGGAGAUCAACAUAGCCAUGGCUAUGCAGAUGUUUCUCUAUGAACAUCAACCGAUACUACUAGGUGAAGAAAAUCUUAUGAAGGAAGGCGUUUUGUCUCCGAGUCACGGCUACAGAGAUGUGUACAACGAAGAUGUUCUCCCACAGGUGUCUUUAGAGUAUGGGUUUUCUUUGCGAUGGACUCACACUAUACAAGAAGGUAUAGCGAAAAUGUAUGACACAAAUGGCAAUUACAUCAAAUAUACGCGUAUAGCCAAUCUCACGCUGCGCACAGGCUACUUGGCGGUGGAUGACAACAUCGACUACAUCACGCAGGGCGCCUUCCGACAGCCCACCGGGAACGUCGACCACGCCGUGGACCCGGAUAUAGCAGAAACUGGAUUGGGAAUAACGCAACGGUUGUCCGACAUAACCGCCAGUGAUUUGCAGAAAAACAGAUUCCUGGGCAUCGCACCCUACGUGGACUACAGGAGGUAUUGUUUCGGAGAAGUUAUCAGAACAUUCGAUGAUCUGCUACGCGCCAUUGAUCCUGAGAGAAUAGAGCUCUUAAAAGAGUUGUACGACGACGUGACGGACAUAGAUCUAAUGGCAGGCAUGUGGGUAGAGAGGCCGAUCUCACGAGGGCGCGCGCCGGCGACGUUCUACUGCUUGACUGUGGAGCAACUGGUGCGCACCGUCGCCAGUGACAGGCACUGGUACGAGCGGCACAACAGGCCCAACGCUUUCACUAUCAAUCAGUUGCUGGAGAUCAGGAAAGCCAGCAUGGCCAGACUGCUGUGUGACGUCGGAGACAAGGUGACCAGCAUACAGCCACGAGCAUUCUUGAUACCAGGUCCAGGAAACGAAAUAGCAAGUUGCGAAAAAAUUCCAAGCGUUAAUUUAAAUGCGUGGAGAGACAAGCGGUGUCGAUCUCAGUAGGAGCAAAAUAUAUAC